GUUUAAAGUAUACCGCUAAUCAUAUUUCGAACAAACCACCUCUCUUGCCUUAUAUUCAACCCUCUUAGCGAACUUUUGAAUCCCUUCAGAGUUCGAAAAAUGCUGUCCUACGAGGCGUGCAUAUUUAUAAAUGACAGGCACCAACUAAUGUUUAGUCAUAUUCUCAACCCUGGUUUUCAUACUUCUUGCUUUGGUGCGUCGUGUAAAGUAUCUUUUGACAAGUUCAGUCGAAGCUUCGAUCCAAUCCAGCACUAAGCCUGAAUUUAGAUGCCACUGCCGAUGCUUUUCAGUAUAAUCCUUGCCCCCUUUCGCAGUUCCUCGAACUUGUUCGCCGCAUUCCUAUCCGCCCCUUUACCACGAGCUUGGGCUGGGAGAACAGAUGAGUGAGUUUCACAUGUUAACGAAACGUCUAAGUAUACGUGGUUGGUAUCAAACUUUAUUCAUGGUAUCCUG